UCAGUGUGGCAGUGCGGAGUCAGGCGGCGGCAGCUCGCUAUAAACCGAGGAGCUGUCCGGGUGCUGAAACGGCCCGAGCAGCUCACCCGGUGGACGGGGAGGAACAUGCUGUGAACCUUCUCUGCUAUAUAAAAAAGGGACAUCUUCAAACAUGGCAGAAGCUAAGACUCACCGACUUGGAGCAGCCCUGUCUCUCAUACCUUUAAUUUUCCUCAUCUCUGGGGAUGAAGCAGCUUCAUUUCAGCGAAACCAGAUGCUUCAGAAAGAACCAGACCUCAGAUUGGAAAAUGUCCAAAGGUUUCCCAGUCCUGAAAUGAUCAGAGCUUUGGAAUACAUAGAAAAGCUCCGACAACAAGCUCACAAGGAAGAAAGCAGCCCAGACUAUAAUCCCUACCAAGGUGUCUCUGUUCCUCUUCAGAAAAAAGAAAAUGGUGAUGAAAGUCACUUGCCAGAAAGUUCAAAGGAUUCCCUGAGUGAAGAUGAGUGGAUGAAGAUAAUUCUUGAAGCAUUGAGACAGGCUGAAAAUCAUCAGCCUCAGUCUGCACCAAAAGAAAACAAGCCCUAUGGCUUGAAUUCAGAAAAGAACUUUCCAAUGGACAUGCCUGAUGAUUAUGAGUCUCAACAGUGGCCAGAGAGAAAGUUCAAGCACAUGCAGUUUCCUCCCAUGUAUGAAGAGAAUUCCAGAGACAACCCCUUUAAACGCACAAAUGAAAUAGUAGAGGAACAAUAUACUCCUCAAAGUCUUGCUACACUGGAAUCUGUCUUCCAGGAGCUCGGAAAACUGGCAGGACCAAACAACCAGAAGCGUGAGAGGGUUGAUGAGGAGCAGAAACUUUACACAGAUGAUGAAGAUGAUAUCUACAAGGCUAAUAACAUCGCCUAUGAAGACGUGGUUGGGGGAGAAGAUUGGAACCCAGUCGAGGAAAAAGUAGAGAGUCAAACUCAGGAAGAGGUAAGAGACAGCAAAGAGAAUAUAGAAAAAAAUGAACAAAUCAAUGAUGAAGUGAAGCGUUCUGGGCAUCUGGGCCUCCAGGAUGAAGAUCUUCAGAAAGAGAGUAAAGACCAACUUUCAGAUGAUGUCUCCAAAGUAAUCGCCUACCUGAAAAGGUUAGUGAAUGCUGCAGGAAGUGGGAGGUCACAGAAUGGGCAAAAUGGGGAAGGAGCAACCAGGCUUUUGGAGAAACCACUUGAUGCUCGGUCUAUUUACCAGCUGAUUGAAAUCUCCAGGAAUUUACAGAUACCCCCUGAAGACUUAAUUGACAUGCUCAAAACUGGAGAGAAGCCAAAUGGAUCAGUGGAACCAGAACAGGAACUUGACCUUCCCAUUGACCUAGAUGAUAUUUCAGAGGGUGAUUUAGAUCGCCCAGAUCUGUUCCAAAAUAAAAUGCUCUCUAAGAAUGGCUACCCUAAAACACCCGGUCGUGCUUUGACAGAGGCCUUACCAGAUGGGCUCAGUGUUGAGGACAUUUUAAAUCUUUUAGGGGUGGAGAGUGCAGCAAAUCAAAAGCCUCCAUAUUUUCCCAGUCAGUAUAGCCAGGAGAAGCCUCUGCCAAGACUCCCCUACAGUCCUGGAAGAUCUAGAGCAAACCGGCUUCCCAAAGGUGCCUGGAUGCCAGAUGUUGAAAACAGACAAACAGCCUAUGAAAACCUGAAUGACAAGGAUCAAGAAUUAGGAGAGUACUUGGCCAGGAUGUUAGUUAAAUACCCUGAGAUCAUGAAUUCAAACCAGGUGAAGCGAGUUCCCAGUCAAGUCUCAUCUGAAGAUGACCUACAGGAAGAGGACCAAAUCGAGCAGGCCAUCAAAGAGCGUUUACACCAAGGGAGCUCUCAGGAGACUGAUAAACUGACCUCGGUAAGCAAAAGGCUCCCCGUGGGACCCCCAAAGAAUGAAGACACCCCAGACAGACAGUACUUGGAUGAAGAUCUGUUAAUGAAAGUGCUGGAAUACCUCAACCAAGAAAAGGCAGACAAAGGAAGGGAGCACAUUGCUAAGAGAGCAAUGGAAAAUAUGUAAGCCACUUUCAUUUCAUCGCCUUGCUUCCAUCCCUCCACCCCAAGCUCACCCAUUGUUACUCUUUAGUGUGUUGACUUCUCUCCUGUUAACACUGUAAUAUCUUUAAAUGAUGUACAGGCAGAUGGUUCCAUUUCACUGGGGUGUCUGCUUCACUUACCCUGAGCCGUUCUCUUGUGUAUGGAUAUGUGUAAAUGUUAUGACUUCUGGAUAAAAAAAAAUUAAUCCUAUUCCUUAUUCAAGAAAGUUAUGUGAUAGUGUUUAAUAGUGUAUCUAAUGGUUGUGACAUUGUUGGUGUUCAAUAUGAUAAAGAGUGUCCUAUAAUUCUCUUGGAAGUUUUUAAUAUUUAUUGAAUUAUUUUGUUAAUGUCUGUAGAGUUUUGUGAAGGUACUGGAGUAAAAAAUAAAAUAAAGCAUUAUAAAUAUAUAGUUUUAUUUAUAAGGCCUUCUCUAUUGUGUAUUUUAUUGUUGAUUAAUAAAUGUUAUUUCUGGAUAA